ACUCGAUUAUUGCACACAAAUUAUUGUUUGUCCGCCUACCAUAGAGUGACUAAUCGUUGUAUAUUCAUUUAAUAAAUCUCAUAAUGUAAUUCAAAAUGAUUAUUCAACGAGUGUUCCUUAUUUAACUGCAGUUAUGUUAUAUCUUAAGAUAAUUUGUUUAUUUGAAAUUUUGUGUUUAAUUAAUUAUAUUAACACUUCUUCAUUAGAUGUAGAUUUGAAUAUCCACUCGAAUCACUUACCGUAUGUAUUAUUCUCUGAAAAAUCUCAGAAUCACAGUAAUCCUUUAAAACAUUGUUGGGGAUAUGAAGAAAAUUGUAGUAGACAAUAUCGCUUCUCUGAACCAAAUUGUCCAGGUUUUCAAACUGGCUGGGCAUCAUCCAAAAGUGAACAAAUUGAUACAUUUUAUAAUCAAGGUGAUUUUGGAUAUGUAAAGCAGCAAAAAGAAAAACUUACCUUUAUGUGUGAACCUACUGAUCAGGGUGAUUCCUCUUUACAAUGCUCUAGUCAUUUACAAUUUUGUCGAGGUCAUAAAAUUAUGAUUGACUUCAAGAAUAUGCUAAAUUAUGAUCGACCUGUACGGUAUAAAAUGGAUAUAUUAAGUCACGGACAAAUUGGAGGGAAAUGCAAGUUUUAUAAGAAAAAAUUAGAUGAUGAGAGUGAUCAUCUUGGUGCAUUACAAUCUUGGAGCCCUGAAUUAAGAUUUUUUGCAACUAUAAAUAAAUAUCCAGGAAAAUGUGAUUUAAUUAUUUCUAAACCAACAUUUAUUAUGAAAAUAGAUGCAACUGUCAACAUGUAUCAUCAUUUUUGUGAUUUUUUGAAUUUAUAUGCUUCACAACAUGUAAAUUCAUCUGAUUCUACCUUGUUCUCUAAAGAUGUACAUAUUUUGAUCUGGGAAUCAUAUCCAUAUGAAUCAGCUUUCAGUGAUACUUUUGCAGUAUUUACUAAUCAUGCCAUAUGGAACCUUAAUACUUUUAAAGGACAAGUUGUUUGUUUUGACAAUUUAGUUUUACCAUUGUUACCUAGAAUGAUAUUUGGCUUAUUUUAUAACACACCACUGAUUGAAGGCUGUGAAAAAAGUGGGUUAUUUAAAGCAUUUUCUGAACAUGUGUUACAUCGUCUAGAAAUCAGCCGAAAAAUAACUUUUAACGAAAAAAUAAAAAUAACAUUUUUAUCAAGAAAUACAAGGUAUAGAAAUGUAAUAAAUGAAAAUGAGUUAAUUUUGGCAUUGAAGAAAAAUUCAGAUUAUGAAGUCAAACGAGUAAUUUACAGUGAAAAUUAUCUUAGCUUCAAAAAACAAAUACUCAGAACACAUAACUCUGAUAUUUUUAUUGGUAUGCACGGUGCUGGAUUAACACAUUUGUUAUUUUUACCUGAUUGGGCUGUAAUAUUUGAAUUAUAUAAUUGUGAAGAUGAACAUUGUUACAAAGAUUUAUCACGACUUAGAGGAAUCAAAUAUAUAACUUGGCAAGAUACUAAUAUGUUAACUAUUCAUGAUGAAAAUACAUUCAAUGAUAAUGCAGCUCAUGCAAAAUUUGUAAACUAUUCCUUUAAUAAAGAAGAGUUUUUACGUUUGGUAGCAGAAGCAGCUCGUCACGUCAAAAAGAACAAACUAAUUUAUAGUGCUAAAGUAUAUGAUGAAUUAUAGUUAUGAUCAGAUACAGACCGAACCUGGAAUUUAAAAUGAGAUUAGACCUUUAGACUAUAUUAAAGGCUACGCCCAAAAAUGUUCAGUAAAAACACAAUUUCUCCGAAUAAAAAAAUGACAGCCCUUUUAUCCUAGGCUAAUACAAUUUAUGAUUAUUGUACUAUUUUAAUUUAAAAUUAUUAACUAAAAGAGCAAUAUGAAAAAACUAAAUUGUUAAGUGAAAAGAAAAUAAUUAUGUUUAUUAAUUAUUAAAUUUUAUAAGUUGUUUUUAAUAAAGUUGUUUAUAAAUUAUUA